AUGGUGUCUAAUCCAGCCGCUGGGGCCGGCGGAAGGGGUGCAGUCUCAGGUGCAGGUUGCGGCGUCGGUGGAGGUUGUGGUGGUAGUGCAGCUUGUGGUGGCGAUGCAGCUUGUGGUAGCGUGACUUGUGGCGGCGCAACUUUUGGUGAUGCAGUUGCAUCCAUCCUAGUCUCUAAUCCUUUUCGAGGUUACGAAAUGUUGGCUAGUUGGGUGACCAUCAUAGUGUGUAUCAUGGCCUGGAGAGACUCCCACAUUAGUCUAGUGAUGGUGUCUAGUCCAGCCGCUGGGGCCGCCAGAAGGGGUGCAGUCUCAGGUGCAGGUUGCGGCGUCGGUGGAGGUUGUGGUGGUAGUGCAGCUUGUGGUGGCGAUGCAGCUUGUGGUAGCGCGACUUGUGGCGGCGCAACUUUUGGUGAUGCAGCUGCAUCCAUCCUAGUCUCUAAUCCUUUUCGAGGUGGGCUCUCUUCAGCCUCACCUCACCUUCUACCUCUAAUAGGGGAGUCCCUUCCUCGUCUUCCUCUUCCGCGUCCGCAUCCUCUGGGCGGCAUGGUUCUAGAAACCAAGAUAAUAUUUCUCAUCUUUAUGACACAACCAUAG